CCUCUCCCACAGCACUCUCUCCCUCUCUCUCUUAUACUGAACUUCGAGUCACAGCUCGUCUUCUCCCAAUUCUCCAAAUCCCAUCAAAUACCUAAACCCAACUACGAUGUCGAUGGCCGCCGUUGAGACCAAGAAAAUUACCCUGCGAACCGCCGACAAUCACGAGUUCGAAGUUGAGGAAGCGAUAGCCAUGGAGUUCGGCACAAUCAAAACCUUCUUCGACGAAAACCCCGACGCUUCUGAAGAUACCAUCCCUCUCCCCAACGUCACCUCGAAGUGCCUCUCAGCCAUAAUCGAGUACUGUAAGUCCCACCUAGCCUUCCGUGCUCGCGAAACCUCCUCAUCGAUAGACGAACAAGUCAGGACUUACGACGAAGAGUUCGUCAAGGCGCGUGAUAAUGAGUCUCUGAAAGAGAUGAUCCUGGCUGCAAAUUAUUUGAAUAUAAAAACGCUUCUUGAUAUGUUGAACCAGGCCGUGGCUGAUAGGAUCAAGAAUAAGAGCGUGGAGUAUGUGAGGAGGUUUUUCGGAAUAGAGAACGAUUAUACGCCGGAGGAGGAGGCUGCAAUUAGGGCGGAGAACGAAUGGGCUUUUGAAGGUGUCGAUCCUGAUGAUGAUUGAUUGAUGAUAGGCGAGUUUCAUUAUUAGGAAUUGUUUUUUUCUUAUAAAAUUUUCAGUUGAUGGGGAUUAAAAACAAAAUUGACUGAGUACUUAAAUUGGGGUAUAUUACGUUCAUCUGAUGUUGCUAUGUUUUCGAUAAUAGUGAACAUAUUUUCCUUAUGAUUAA